AUGCCUGCUGCCGGCACUACAACUUCCAAGAAGCCACCGUCGAUGAGGGUGUUUAAGGAAUCCCAUACCGCUACUGAUGUCGAUGUACGCCUCUGUAAGUUAGACGAGCUUUGGGAAGGUUUCAGUGAAACUUUGGUUGAAAUCUUUUCCCAUGACGACUACAAUGCUGAAGGGAACUCGUGGGAAAAGGAGCGUAUGGAGUUCAGUGACCGGUACUACGAGGUUAAGUCCUUCCUUAUGGACAAGGCAAAGGAGCUGCAGGAGCCGAAUCUGCUGGAGCAGUCCCUCCGAGCUGGUGAUUCGUCAAUGCGGGGCGGUAUCGAUCAUGUCCGCCUACCACAGAUUAAGCUGCAGACAUUUAACGGCGAUAUAGACGAAUGGCUGAGUUUUCGGGAUCUGUUUACCUCGUUCAUCCACUGGAAACCGGAUCUUCCUGAAGUGGAGAAGUUCCACUACCUGAAGGGAUGCUUACAAGGAGAACCCAAGCGUCUGAUCGAUCCGCUUCAGAUUACUAAGGCCAACUAUCAGGUGGCAUGGGACUUGCUGUUGAAGCGGUACAACAACAGUAAGCAGCUGAAGAAACGGCAGGUUCAAGCCUUCUUCAACCUUCCCACCCUUCCUAAGGAAUCCGUUACCGAUCUGCACGUUCUCAUUGAAGGUUUUGAGAGAAUUGUGCAGACUCUUGACCAGAUCAUUCAGUCAGCCGACUACAAGGAUCUUCUGCUGGUCAACAUCCUCACUACACGAUUGGAUCCGGUCACUCGGAGGGGUUGGGAAGAGUUCUCAGCUAUGAAGGAGACAGAUACACUUGCAGAUCUGUUUGACUUCUUGCGGCGUAGACUCCAAGUUUUGGAUUGCUUGCCAACCAAGUUUGCUGACACUAGGGGUGCUCAGCAGCAGCAGCAGCAAAUUCAAGCGAAGCAAAGGCUUCCACCAGUGAAGACAAGUUACAGUUCAACCCAUAUGUCUGGAGGACGCUGUGUAGCUUGCUCAUCAAAUCAUCCGCUUUACCAGUGCAGUGCAUUCCAGCGCAUGGAAGUUACGGAAAGGGACGGCCUUUUGAAAACUCAUUCCCUCUGCCGGAAUUGCUUCAGAACGGGACACAAAGCAAAAGAGUGCCAAUCCAAAUACUCUUGCCGGAGCUGCAAGGGUCGGCAUCAUACUCUUGUGUGCUUCAAGUCAGAAAGGGAUACGGAUAAGGACACGAAGGUUGCGGCAGUUGCUAGGGGCAACAAGCCUUCUGUUCCCACUGAAUCAUCAAAUACUUCAUCCCAAGUGGCUAACGUGGCAGCCACAGAAGUUUUGGUUGCUGGUGCGGCUCACCAGUAUUCAUCCCAGGUUCUUCUGGCUACAGCAGUCGUCGUGAUCGAGGACGACGAUGGCAAUCGGUUUCCGGCGCGUGCGCUGUUAGAUUCGGGAUCGGAAAGCAACUUCGUGACUGAGCGAUUAAGUCAGCGCAUGAAGGUUACUCGAAAUCGAAUGGAUAUUUCUGUCGUCGGAAUUGGACAAGCAGCUACCAAGGUCAAACACAGGAUACAAGCGGUUUUACGGUCUCGAGUGUCACAAUACUCACGAGAAUUGAGCUUCCUAAUCCUUCCUAAGGUAACGAUAAACCUUCCAACCACCACUAUCAACACCGAUAAGUGGGCAAUUCCGGACAAUAUCCAGUUGGCAGAUCCUGCAUUUUUCGAAUCUAAGGUGGUGGAUCUUGUACUCGGGAUCGAAGCGUUUUUCGAUUUCUUCGAAACCGGAAGGAGAAUUUCUCUGGGGGAACAAUUACCGACUCUUAAUGAUUCCGUAUUCGGCUGGGUCGUAUGCGGAGGAUUUUCGGUUCCUAGUCGAUCACUGCACAUCAACUGCAAUAUGUCGACAACGGAGGAUUUGGACACGUUGAUGUCUCGAUUUUGGUCAUGUGAGGAAGUCGAGUUUGGCAACACAUUUUCGCUGGAAGAGAAACGCUGCGAAGAGUUGUUUCUGAACACUGUUAAAAGGGAUGAAACCGGUCGGUACACAGUCUCCCUACCUAAGGAUGAAGACGCUAUCUCAAGGUUGGGCGAGUCAAGGGACAUCGCACUCCGACGUCUUCAAGCAACCGAGCGUAGGUUGGCUAGGGACGAAAAUCUACGGAAGCAGUAUACUGAUUUUAUGGAGGAGUACCUGCAUCUAGGUCAUAUGCGGAAGGUCGAAGAAGUUGCUACAGAUUCGGUUAAACGGUGCUAUUUGCCACACCAUCCAGUGGUAAAGGAUUCCAGUACCACUACCAAGGUACGGGUGGUAUUCGACGCUUCCUGCAAGACUUCUUCCGGACUAUCAUUGAACGACGUGUUACUGGUGGGGUCGGUGAUACAGGAGGACCUCCGUUCCAUUAUCCUACGCAGUCGGACAAAACAAAUCAUGCUCGUGUCCGACGUGGAAAAGAUGUUCCGACAAAUCAAUGUUUGCCCAGAAGAUCGACCGUUGCAGUGUAUUCUCUGGCGAAACUCGUCUGCCGAGGAGAUAUCCACCUACGAGCUCAACACGGUGACAUACGGUACUAAGCCAGCGCCAUUUUUGGCCACCAGAACGCUGAAACAAUUAGCACUGGAUGAGGAGGAGCGGUAUCCACUAGCGGCCAAGGCAGCCAUCGAGGAUACCUAUAUGGAUGACGUCAUCACAGGAGCAGACGCGGAAAGUGGGCGUCCCGAUGUACUGAACGGGAUCGAGGAGGAAGAGCUUGCCAUCCGAUCACCUGAAGGCAUUUUUUUGGAUCCAGACCCUUCGAUAAAAACCUUGGGACUGACCUGGAUGCCAGUAACCGACACACUUAGGUUUCAGUUCACCAUCCCCAAUUUGAACACAGAAGUUCCUCUUACCAAACGGUGCGUGCUUUCGGUGAUUGCUACACUGUUCGACCCAUUAGGCCUGUUGGGCGCUGCUAUCACUACAGCGAAGAUCUUCAUGCAGCUGCUGUGGACGUUGCGAGACGAAAAUGACCAACGACUAGAUUGGGACCAGCCGUUACCUCCAACGGUGGGUGAGGCCUGGAGAAAACACGGUAUCUGUGAAGAUCCAUUGUUUUCGGAUGCCUCGGAGAAGGCAUACGGAGCAUGUCUGUAUCUCAGGAACGAUUCCUCGGCUGGAGUUGUGUGGUGCACUUUUAGCAGCACAACUCUACGAAAAGGUGAACAAGUCAAUAAAAAUCACGGUAAAAUCAUAUUUCUGGACGGAUUCAACCUGUGUCCUGCCAUUACACAAGGAUCAAGAUGGAGUCACGUACCUGGUAUCCAGAAUCCGGCAGAUCUUAUUUCGAGAGGGAUUUCGCCAAAUGACAUCGUUCUGAAUACGUUUUGGUGGCAAGGACCGAGCUGGUUAGAGAAGACGGAAGAGUAUAGGCCUCUCUUACCAGUUAAUCUGCCGAUAGACGAGGGAGACGAGGAGAAACGACACACGGUGCUAGCUGGAACGGUUUCAACAAUCGCUGAAUUCAACCAAUUAUACAUUGGCAAAUUUUCGUCGUACAGUGACCUUCUUCGUCGAACUGCCUACUGGCUGCGUCUGAUUAAACUUUUACAAACCCCGCGGAAGGAUAGAAAGGCCCCUACGUUCCUGUCUACUGAUGAGUUAAAGGAGGCGGAAAACACUCUGGUUCGAUUGGUUCAGAGGGAGGUGUUCGUUGAGGAAUGGAAGGCGCUCUCCAAGGAAUAUGCGGUUUCCAAGAGCUCGCCGCUUCGAUGGUUUAAUCCGUUUGUCUCCCAAGACCAGUUGAUCAGACUUGGCGGUCGUUUAAAGCAUUCGAUGGAGUCUGAAAACACCAAACAUCCGGCCGUUUUACCCCCUCGGCACAUAUUUACACGCUUGCUGUUACGGUAUUACCAUGAACGACUUCUGCACUCUGGACCACAGUUGCUAUUGGGAGUUGUUAGGCUUCGAUUUUGGCCGCUGGGAGGCAGGAGUGUAGUUCGGCACAUUAUCCAUCAGUGUCAUAUAUGCUUCCGAUCGAAACCAUCGACCGUACAGCAGUUUAUGGGGGAUCUACCAGCUUCACGGGUCACCGUAUCCCGUCCAUUUUCUCGCACAGGUGUCGACUACUUUGGACCCCUCUAUGUGAGACCAGCUCCAAGGCGCACGGCAGUUAAGGCUUACGUUGCUAUAUUCGUGUGUCUGUGUACCAAGGCAGUGCAUCUCGAAUUGGUCACAGAUUUAUCCACAGAUCGAUUUCUACAGGCACUACGGCGUUUUGUUGCCAGAAGAGGACGAUGUACGGAUAUAUAUUCCGACAACGGCACUAAUUUUGUCAGCGCUCGCAAUAAACUGCAAGAAUUCCUGCGAUUGCUUAAAGAUAGCCAUCAUAACGACAUUGUGUCCAAGCAAUUAGCCAAGGAAGGGAUCCAAUGGCACUUUAGCCCGCCGAGUGCGCCACAUUUUGGCGGUAUUUGGGAGGCCGCAGUCCGAUCAGCAAAAAUUCAUCUGCUAAAGGUGGUAGGUGAAACUCCUGUGUCCCCAGAGGACAUGAACACGCUAUUAGUCCAAGUUGAAGGAUGCCUGAAUUCUCGCCCGCUCACACCCAUGUCUGAUGAUCCGAAUGAUCUGCAGCCACUAACCCCCGCACAUUUUCUGAUUGGAGAAUCUCUCCACGCUGUUCCCGAUCCAGAUUUAUCAAGCAUUCCAAUGAAUCGUCUCACCCAAUGGCAGUUAACCCAACAAAAACUGCAGAACUUCUGGAAAAGAUCCGAAUCCGCUGUACAGGUUUCGAUCGCCUUGUUCGGAAACUUGAUCACGUACUCGGUGGACCAAACCGGUUCACCUCAGGAUUUGGCCAGCCGCACCGGACUCUGGCUGUUGCGAUCGAACCGAAAUGUCGUGGUGGUUGUUGCUACUACGAGUGUUGCCGACCUGGGAAGAGCCGGACUGCACGGACUUUCCUCUCGGGACCGCUCCGACGUCGCCGAGGGAUGA